GCCUGAAUUGACAGUGACAUUCAGCGGCGAUCAUUGCAUAGUUAUAUAAAUGUCUGGGCAUUAUUUUCGUUUUUCAAACAAUAUUAAAUUUAAAUUUGGUGAAAUAUAAAUAUAAGUAUUCAUCAGACUAUUGUCCCCGAAAAUGUCCAACAACACAAACCCCACUGUUGCUGGAGGGAAGAAGAUUGUCUUUACAGGAGGUUCAGGAAAAGCAGGGCGACAUGUGAUCCCAUACCUUCUAAGCAAAGGACACAAAGUCCUCAACCUGGACCUCGUUCCUUUUCCAGACACCUCAGUCGACGUUUAUACCAUGAAAACAGACCUCACAGACUCAGGCCAAGUCUUCAAUGCCUUAAUCUCUCAUUUCAACAUGACCGGCUACAGCGAUGGACCAAUUCCUGCGGCACCUGAUGUCGUUAUCCAUUUUGCUGCAUAUGCACGAAACAUGCUAGUCCCCGACUCAGAAUGUUUCCAAGCCAACGUCCGCAGCACUUACAACGUAGUUGAAGCAGCCUGCAAACUGGGCGUAAAGAAAAUCAUAAUCGCCUCCUCUGAAACGACAUACGGGGUAUGUUUCGCUCAAGGAGACGCCGAUUAUCAUUCUUUUCCUUUAGAAGAAGACUAUGAUGUCGAUCCUGAAGAUUCAUACGCACUCUCGAAAAUCUGCGGCGAGAAAACAGCCCGCACCUUCUCCCGACGCUUCAAAAACGACAUCUACGCUCUCCGCAUCGGCAACGUGAUCGAGCCGCACGAAUACGAGCGUGAUUUCCCAUCCUACAUCUCCAACCCCUCUUCCCGUAAACGCAACGCGUGGUCGUACAUCGAUGCGCGAGAUCUAGGCCAGAUCUGUGAUCUGGCGAUCAAGAAGAGCGGGUUGGGGUUCCAGGUUUUUAAUGCGACGAAUGAUACGAUUACGGUGAAGGGGACGACGAGGGAGUUUUUGGAGAGGGAGUGUCCCGGGACGAAGGUUACGAGGGAGAUGGGGGAGUUUGAGGCGCCGUUGAGUAAUAGGAAGGUUAGGGAGGUGUUGGGGUAUCAGGAUGUGCAUGAUUGGAGGAAGUAUGUGAAGGUUUAGAUGGCUGGGGGUUAAAAGUACUGCAAAAGUGGUGGUUUCGGUAGAUAGCUGUUCAAAAUAACUUCUUAAAGAUUGCAACAGAAAUGUCGUUGGAAGGACCCUAGUCGCCCUACUUCCCUGCUGUUCUCUGUGGGACGAAAGAGAU